AACAAACGGCUCAAGGAGAUGGGUUCUACAAGCACCACUGUAAUCAUUGAGUCCCCAGAAGAAAGAACUGAAGAAGCGCUCAAACAAGAUGGGUCUCUAGAUGAAGCUAGAAAACUGCACAAGGAGUUGGCAGAAAAAAAAUUUCUGCGUGGAACUGAACAAGUAGAGCUCCCACGAAACAAAAAAAGUGAGGCCACAAAUACCAAUAAAACCAACGAGAGUCCCGCUACCAUUCGUGGGAAUUCAAUUAAAGCAACAGGUAGCUGCCGUGCUAAAAGCCACCAUGUUGGGGUUUUCGAGUGCAACAACCGUGAUCAGGGGACAGGCUGCGACAUUGAAAAUAAUGAGGUUGAUGCAAAAGACAGCCAGUUUGUUGGGGUUUUCAAUUGUGGCAACGAGUCCAAAAAGCCAAAUUAUUUCAACAUUACUCAUCUGUACUUUGUGUGCUUGGUGUUGCUCUGCUUCGCUAUGUAUAAAUAUUAAUUGUGGUUGUGUUGAUGUGUAUUGUUAUUUGCUUGUUUUGGUUGGGUGGAGGGUCCCUUGCUUUGAAUGACGUAUAUUUUUAUUUUACUUGUUGGUUUGUAAAAUAACUUCCUCUACAGGAAGGACAACAUUUCGUAUUGCUUUUUUUUUUUUUUUUUUGAGGAUUGAUGAGUUUUUAUGGUUGUCAAAGUUUGAAUUUGAGUGUUCGUUCUUGUUGCUAGUCUUCUUAAAUUGCUGUCUAGCGAAAACUAUAUGAAAGCUUGUAUUGUGGUCAUUGUUCUUUUUGCUAAUCUUGUUAAUAUUCUUGAAUUUGAUAUGAAAGUGUUUGCCUUUUUUUAUUAGCAUGGCCAGGAGUUGGCCAAGAGAUUGUUGUGUUUGUUUGUGAGCGUCCUACUAUUGACAGUGAAAACGCACUCCAACAGACUG